GCUCUCUCUUUCUUCAUUCAAACCGCAAAUUCUUCCUUCUAACCGUCGUCAUGAUUCCCGCUCCAGAUCAAGAGCAGCUCCUCCAGGAUCUCCAGGUUUUCAAGAUCAAAGGCAAAGAUAAGCGCGGCCGCAAAAUCCUCCACAUCUUCGCGAAGUUCUUCCCUGCGAGGAUCGUGAGCGUUGACGUCGUGAAUAAGUAUCUCCGGGAGAAGGUUUUCCCCGAGCUCGAUAACCGGCCGUUCGCUGUGCUGUACUUCCACACCGGCGUCGAGAAGAGCGAGAACUUUCCCGGAAUUUCAGCCCUGCGGUCCGUCUACGACUCCAUUCCGGCCCCCGUCCGGCAGAAUCUCGAGGCCGUGUACUUCGUCCACCCCGGCCUUCAGUCCAGGCUCUUUCUGGCCACCUUUGGCCGGAUCAUCUUCUCCGGAGGAUUAUACGCGAAGCUGAGGUACGUGACGAGGCUGGACUACCUGUGGGAGCACGUGAGGAGGAACGCGAUUCAGAUCCCGGAGUACGUCCACGAUCACGACGCCGAUCUGGAGUACCGUCCGAUGAUGGACUACGGCGUAGAGACGGACCACACUAGGGUCUACGGUACGCCCGCACUCGAUACGCCCGACCCGAUGCACUCCAUGAGAUGCAUCGCGUAGUAGUCACAACCCCCCCGGCCCACUACGACGUCGUUGCGAGGUUUAGGAGCGUGGGACGCACGCACUCAAACGAUAUGUGUGCUUCCAGUCGCGUUUAUGUCAAUUUCUAAUAUUGCAAAAAUGCCCCUCUUUUUUUCUUUUGUAUAUACAGCGCCAAAUGUUGUUGUUUGUUGUGGCUUCUUUCACAUGGCUUCGGUUGUGCGUGGCUUUUCAAUCUUUCAACUGUUUCAAGUAUAGGUUUUGGGCUAAAUUUGGUCUCAUUCAAAUGCUUCAUUGAUUGUUUCAUUAAUUUGACUUUUACACAUUGUUUGGAUAAAAAGAGAAAAUGUGUGGAAAGAAAAUGGAGGGAAAGAAAAUAGAGAAGAAAGAAAAUGAAGAGAAAAUAAGAAGAAAAUAAAUGUUGUUUGGAUAGGUAGAAAAUAGAGAGAAAAAGUAGGAGGAAAGAAAAUGUAUUAAAAUAAAAAGAUAACCUUACCCUUAUUCUAUAUGAAAAGUGAAUAUAGUAGAAGGUUUCACGUACAGAUAUUGUCAGGAUCGACAUUUAUUCUCUGUUUUUGUUAUGUUUUGCACGAGCACUUUAUAUCUGUGCAAAGAAGUAGUAUGUAGGUUUCACCUACACAUAAUGUCAGUUUGAUUAAAUGUGGUGAGCUUUUUUAUAGAUGAAUGUGAAGCACAUGAAAUGUGUGACUUUGGUGGUGAUGGAGUAAUAUUAAACCCACAUCCCAGGAUAACGAAUGCACAUGAUGCAACUACUUUCAUUACCCUAUUAGAAGACGAGGGAGACUUGCAUCU